CACUAAACCCAAUCUGGCAACCCGCGUGCAGCUGCACACCAGGGCUGUUUAAAUUCACUUUUAUAUCUCACAAAAAGAAACAGGAGUGGACGCAAUGCGCACCAGAGAGAGAGUGCCAUCAACUGGGAGAGAAAGGAGCCGAGAGGGUGAGCCCAAAAGAUGGGUUAGUCCUCGGAAAAAACUAAAGACCAAUUAUAUCUCCUCAGAAGGGAGUGAAGACAGUGACAUUGUGGAGGAGGAUGAGGAGAACUCUGAAGAAAUGCUAUCUAGGUGGCCUCAAUGGGAUGUGACCUGUGGAACCAAAAAGGGCAUCUUACAUGUAGAAAAUCUAGAAAGUGGCCAGGAGGACUGUAUUGAGUCUGAGGGCCGCUGGUUUUCUCCCAGUGGAUUUGAGCAGUUUGGAGGCAAAGGGUCACAUAAAAAAUGGAAAAAUACAAUUACCUACAAGAACCAACCACUGAAUUUUUGGAUUGAUCAUCGUUACCUUAACCCACUACCCAAUAGAAGACGCACAUUUAGGGCCUCAGAGCCAUCAGAACAUAAAAAGAGUCACCCUGAAGAGUCUGAAGACAAAAAUAACCAUAAGGAAGAAGUGGGACCAGAUGAACAGCCAGCAGAGACCAGUGAAGACCACACAGAUGGUCAAAAUGAAGAACAGAAAAAUGACACCAUUGACAUUGCGAGCAGAGUGUCACAGAGGAAACCUUUGUUAAUUCUUCACAGACUAGACCCUCUACAGGGUGAUUUUCAUCUGCUGUUAAAUGAUGUAGUGCUACUGCAAAAUGGCAGCGGAUCUAUGUCAACAGAAACACAGAGCAACGAAAAAGUUGAUACAAACGAAGACGAGGAAACACAGAGCAAAGAAAAUGUUAAUACAAAUGAAGACAAGGAAAUGCGGAGCAAAGAAAAAGUUGACACAAACGAAGAUGAGGAAAUGCAGAGCAAUGAAAACGUUGAUACAAAUGAAGAUGAGGAAAUGCAGAGCAAUGAAAACGUUGAUACAAAUGAAGAUGAGGAAAUGCAGAACAACGAAAACGUUGAUACAAAUGAAGAUGAGGAAAUGCAGAGCAAAGAAAAAGCUGACACAAACGAAGAUGAGAAUCCUGAACCAGUUGAAACCAGUGAGCCCCAAGGAGAGACGUUAUUAUACUGCAGUGACACUGAAAAUGAGGAGCAGGUUGAGGUGGAACACAUGCCCAUAGAAGAUACUGUCAUCUUCCAGGACCAAGGAGUUGGCACAAUAUCAUUAGAAGAAAUAAUAAUAGAGAAUAUUAAGAUUUCUCAGAUAGAUCUGGAGUCAGUGAAAGUAGACGCUACACCACCGAAUGUGAUAAUCGAAGAGUCUGCACAAAUCAUUGAAAGGCCUCCUCAGGAAGAAAACCCUAGCACUGUGUUAGAUGAGCCUUCAGCAACAGCACAAACAAGCUCUGAAGUGGACUUCAUGGAUCUUGAACAACUAAAAAAAGAAAAAAUUAAAUGGCAGAUAAAAGUCUUGAAGUUACAAGAGGAGUAUUACUCGCUGCAGAUACAGAAGUUAAAACAGUGAUGCUCUUAAGAUCAUCUUUGUUAUGCCGUAUUUUUUAGAACACUUUUUGUCAUUUUUAUUCCAGAAGGUAGCUGUGACAAGAUGUAUGUAAUGUGUAAAGUUUUUUUGUUCUCUUGUACUUUUACAUUAAUUAGUUUUUAACGUUUUGAGCUCUUGAUUUUUUUUUUGUGUGAAACCAAUGCCAUUCAUUUUGGUACGUAUAGGUAAAUAGGUACAUAUUAGGUAGUCAAAUGUAACCUGAAUCACAGAUUUGUAACCAUUAAAUGUUUCUAAACCUAUUGUUUUGGGAAAUUUGUUAAUUUCAUGUUUACACAUAAUAUUCUAAAUCAUUAUUUCCCGAAGACUGGGUUGCGAUCCUCAGGUGAGUCGCAAGAGGCCCACCUAUCUCACUAGAAAUGCUGAAACGUUAAAACAUGUUUUGCAUAAUUUCUAAUCUUUUUGUAAUAAUUUGACUAUUAUGUUCCAAUAUUGCUGGUUCAAUUAUUGUUUUUCAUUGUUUAAUACUUGAGUAAUACUAAUUGUUCAGUCAUCAAUAAAAUAUCCUCAUCAGUUCA